AUGCGAGUGAAUGGAAAAAUUUUGAAUAAUGGGGAAAAUUACAGAAAAUAUAAUUAUAGACGAGUGAGGCAUGGUAUAGCUGUAAAUGAAAGAGCACGUCUCUUUACCUAUUAUCCUGAUUCUGAUGAUGAUAGUAAUGAUGAUGAUGAUGUCUAUGCAUGCAUGUAUGCACAGCAGAAGAAUAAGGCAGAAAAGAAGGAAAAUUAUGAGCAGCAAUAA